AUGCCCGGUGCCGGCUCGCAGAUUGAUUGGAUCCAGCCCUCCGACAACAUGCAAGGCUUGGGAUGCACAAACGCAGGUCUCGCUAUCCUACUGGCAUUUGCCAUCAGAAGACGGUUGUCGGAGUGGUCCAUGAGGGUUCAGUUUCCUAGAGCAGCGAGAGUUCGCACAACAGUCAAAAGAUCUUUUCUGGCAAGGGCAGGGAGCUCCCCAUCUUCCACAAAACAUUUCUUCAUCGCACACUUCGCUCUCCAGUCCACGCCAGGUGCUUCUGCCAAACAGUUCUCCGAGCUCUGUUUUAUUGAUAAGGCCUUUCACAAAGCUUCUCAGAUUCAUCAUGGAUUUGCCUUUGGCAUCGGUUACGCCAUCGUCCACGGGGACAUUGAUCCAAAUGAAAUCCGGAUCAUCGAACAUUGGCCGGUCGGCCAGAAUUUGAACGCUAUUCACGGCCGAGUGCCAACCCGCAUCGCAUACGCCCAACAGAAUCGACCUCUACGCAAGAACCGAUGGGGAUACCAGGUGGGGCCGGAAAUGGUGUCCUGCUCUUGGACGAAGUUAUAUUUUGCUCCCAACAGUGCCCUCCUCGUUGACGAAGCUCUCAAUACCACCGCGUCCUUAGGAAUUUUGCAACAUCCUGAGGACACAUCACCCCGAGAUGUUCUAAAACACUUUCUUGGGGAGGUUCUCGAAUACGCAAUCCCCCUCAUAAAGAGGCAAAUCGGUCACAAUUUCCCAACGAUGCGCAAGAAACUCAUAUGUACAGUUCCGGCAGCCUGGUCUGUCGAAAGUAGAUCUGCGACUAAGCAGAUCGUUGAGGAAAUUUGCCUCGGGCCAAAUCAGGAGGAAAACGACCUGCUAGACAUAUCAGUGGAAAAUGAACCGGAGGCCGCAAUGGCGUGGAGUGCCAUUAGUAAUUCAUUUAUUCAGGACGGGAGUCGCCACCAGGCAGGGGUAUGUAUCCUGGUCGUGGACUGUGGUGGGGGUACCGUGGAUUUGGCAAGCUACAUGAUCACUGGUGAAGGUUCUUUUGUAUAUGAAGAGCUCACAAGCGCCAUUGGUGGUCUAUGCGGGUCCACUGCCGUGGACCGCAAUUUUUACGGUUGGAUGAAGAAGGAGUUUGGCCGCGCGUUCGAUGACAUCCCACUGAAUUUCAAAGGACCCGGCACGAGGGCCCACAGGCUCUCCUCUCGCUAUGACGAACAUUUUUCCGUUGUCAAACUCACCAGUCAGGACAUGCUUGCCUUUAUGCAACCGGUAGUUCAACACAUCUUCGAGCUUAUUGACCAACAGAUUCAGGCAACCAUGCAAAUAACGCGUGGAAAGGCCGUGAACAAGGUCUUGUUAAUUGGGGGUUUUGCGCGAUCUCCGUACCUGCGUGAAACUCUCACCAACCAUCUGAAGGAGUGUGGGCUAGCCCAACUCCACUGUCCGCAAAACCCGCAUUUGGCUGUUGUUAAAGGCGCGGUCUUGCGAGGCUCCAACCUCUAUGGUCCCGUAAGGCGGAUCGCUAGAUUUGCAAUCGGAGUACAAAACUUGACAGAGACGAGUACCAUUGAUGGAUCCCCGGCGCACAGAAAACAGAUUAUCUGGCUUUUGAAAAAGGGAGAUAAGUACAGUGGGGUUGAGACAGUGCGUCGCACAUGCCAUUACUUUCACAAAGAACAUGAUAUCCUCACCGCAACCGUUGGCAUCUACAUAACAGAACAGGACUCCCUUCCUACAUGGUUCGAUGAUAGCGGGGUUAAAUCUGCUGGCUGUCUUCGUGUCGAUCUGUCAGCGAUUAACAUGGCAAGCCUAUACCGGACGCACCUUAAUGCAAUAACAACUUAUCAUGUACCUUUUGAUGUUGUUACCACAUUACGGGCACCAGACGUCUCCAUGGAGUUUCAGGCGAUUACAGCCCAGGGCGAGAUUCUGGGAAUAAAGCGCCUGAGAUUGACCGAAUUUUGGUGA